UGCAUUUAUUUUGAUGCCAACAGACAGGAAAAGUUGGUUUGCGCGGCUGGGAAGAGAGAACUCCAGCUCACCGCGGAGAGAGAGCUUGACUCUCCUCUGCUCUUGGUUCUCUCUCUCUCUCUCGUGCGUAUACACGUUGUUAUCCGGCUCAGGUCACACAGCCACAGAGGAGCCAGGGGAGGAAGUUGGAAGGAGGGACCAGCGAGUGCAGCAGUGGUGGCGUGGUGGUGCGUGCAGCAGCAGCAGGGACAGGAUCCGAGGGCAGAUUCGCUUCCAGCAGUUUCGUGAAACCGGAGAAUCGCUUCACUUCUUGGCUUUUUGCGCUCAAAGCUGCAGUUAUGCGCGCAAAGGGACGCACGACACCAGUGCUGCUGCGUAAACCAGCCCAGGCGUGACUUCUUUUCUUUUCUUUUAUUCGUGUUUCCCUCCACUGCCGCUUUUGGAAAACAAAUUGAAGUAUGCUGUCAGCACAGGUAGUGAAGAGAAUCCCGGAAGAACACGCUGUGCAGGUUACCAGGUUCUUUGCAUAGCCGCUGAGCGUCCAUGGACUUUCUUUGUUCAGAAAGUCGCAGUUCUUUUUGAUUUGAACGCACAUUUAAGCGGAGAGAAGAUGAAGGACCCGAGGAAGAAGACGCUGUACGUGGUGAUAGACGUGCUCUGCGUUUUAGUCGCGGCGCUGCCCUUCAUCAUCUUGACCAUUGUGUUCAAGCCGUAUCAAAGAGGGGUUUACUGUGACGAUGAAAGCAUCAGGUACCCCUUAAAACCAGACACCAUCACCCAUUACAUGCUGGCAGCCGUCACCAUCUCCUGCACUGUCAUCAUUAUCUCCUCUGGAGAGGCGUACCUGGUGUACAGCAAGAGGAUCCACUCUAAUUCAGACUUUAACCAGUAUGUAGCCGCGCUCUACAAAGUAGUGGGCACCUUCUUGUUUGGUGCGGCUGUCAGCCAAUCACUGACCGACCUCGCCAAGUUCACUAUCGGCCGUCCAAGACCCAACUUCAUGGCUGUAUGUGCCCCCAAAGCCUGCACAGGAUACAUGCACGUAAUCAACUGCACCGGCAGACUACAGGACGUCACAGAGUCCAGAUUGUCCUUCUACUCCGGUCACUCCUCUUUUGGGAUGUACUGUAUGCUCUUCCUCGCACUCUACGUGCAGGCGAGACUGGUGGCGAAGUGGGCCAGACUUCUCCGGCCCACCAUUCAGUUCUUCCUGGUAGCCUUUGCGGUGUAUGUGGGUUACACCCGAGUCUCUGAUUACAAGCACCACUGGAGCGACGUUCUGGUGGGUCUGCUGCAGGGAGCGCUCGUCGCUGUACUCAACGUGCGCUUUGUGUCCGACUUCUUUAAAAAGCGUCCUCCACGCUGCACCAGGCCAGAGCCAGUGGAUAGUGAGGAGCCGGAGAGGAAACCCAGCCUGCAGAUGACAGACUCUGAGCACACCAACCAUUACAACUAUCACCACAAUCCCGGCCCUGUGUGAUCGGCGGCGGACGCUGGGGAAGAAAGUUCUGCGGCCUGCAGACCCCAAACCUGCGUGGCGGGAUCCACCUCAGAGGCCUCAGCCUUUAUCGUGCAUGUGCACUUUGACAGUAAAGAGUCACCUGCAGUCCUGACGCUGUAGGCUCCAUGUAAUCUAGAAAGUUAUAUGGCCGAAAUGUUCAAUUUUGGCUGCAUGAGUUCCAGUCUGAGUGUGAGAGUGAAUGGUUGUUUGUCUCUACAUGUGUCCCUGUGAUGGACUGGUGACCCGUCCAGGGUGUGACCCCCCCUGCGUUUCGCCCUAUGUCAGCUGAGAUUGGCACCAGCGUGCAGCCUUUAAGCCCCCGGCGCUCCCCCUUUUUUAUGUGUCAACCACUCACACCCCACCUGCUCCCCAACCACUGGACUGACUGAGGGGGCCAGGUCCUGGACCCCCCCUCUUAAAAAGACACCAUGAUGACCUCCUCUUCUCCUGUAAGAGAGAACGGAGCACGUUGUUUGUACGACAUCGUUAUCGAUGUUAAAGCGUAUUUGCUUAAAUCUGCAUUUAGGGAAAAUCUGCAAAACUACAGUACUUUUGCCCUGUUAAGUGCAGGGACACACACACAGGUCUGCUAAUUACUGCUCUUCCAACGAAUGUAAGUCUGAUAAUCUCUCCUCGCCACCAACACCAACUGACUUGGUUCAAGUUUCACCCACUUAAACACACAUUUUAAAAUUAAACUGGUACAGUUCGGUUUGGUACAGGUCGGGUCAGGCUUGUGUUUCGACGGUGCGACGACAUCGAAUGCGACACAGCAGCUGACAACAAUGGAGGACAUCCAGCAGCUUUAUUUUUCUUUCUAACUCUGUGACCAACACGUCAAUCUUUGUUUGAGAGAAGACUGCAGACGGUUUCGCCCAAUCAGCUGGUCUUCAGUACCAUUAUUCUCUGGUACCCCAAGGGACGGGUGCCAAAAAAUGGAACCAUUGGGGCCGGUUAUUUUAGUACUAAUGGAAAUACAAGGAAAUAUGUACUAUACUGUACCAAACCGAAUUGUUCCACUCUGUUGGAUUUUGGUAGUGCCUUAAAAAGCCGUAUAUAUAUAUAUAUUUAUAUUUAUAUAUAUAUAUAUGUGUGUAUAUAUAUAUAUAUAUAUAUAUACAUAUAUAUAUAUAUAUACAUAUAGUAUUUAUAUAUGUAUAUAUCUACUUUAAUAUCGACUGUAUUGCUGGAGCUUCAUCUUUUUUUUAUGUUUUUAAUUGUCUAGAAGUAAAUGGAUUUAAUUUUAGAGCACCUUAACCUUGGUUCCACACCAGGAAAACUGACAAAAAAUUAAAUCUGCAUGUUGUUGACAAAGGUUCACAGUGGACAAGCUCACGGAAUGAAAACGCCAGACCAGGACAUUCACAGUUACAGGAGCUGACAGAACGUGACAAGCUUAUGCUGCAGAGAAAUCUUUGAUUUGACACUGACACGUCAGAUGUUUUGAGGUGAUUAUGCGCGCGUGCUGUUGUCAAGUGAUCCAUUGUUGAGUCUGAUUCACUUGUACCACUCUAAGCAGAUUGUUUUAUCCUUGUUAGGACACAUAAGUCUUUCACCGGUCACUGUAUGUACCGACUAGUUCAGAUUCACCCUCAUCAGUAGUCGCGCUUUUCUAAAAUGUAUAAAGUUUAAUGUCAAUUUUGGGUUUUAUGAUUCCUUCAUAUUUCCCUUGUGUGUAAUGGACUGCAGAGGUAGAAAUCAUUGAUGCGGAUGAUUUGAGUACUGGUGAACUGCAUGCAUCAAACCACUACGAUAUUGCCAAUCAUAAUAGCGUUUUAACAAAUUUGCCUGUUAUUGUUCCCUCUGUCUGAUUGUGUUUUUAUAUAACUUCUCUGCAGAAAAACAGUGAUUGAAGGAGGAUGAGACAACCAUUUUGAAAAUGGGGUUUUAAUUUAUUUUAAAUGCGUAGACUUUCUUUCUUCUUUUUUUUAAUUAUUAUUAAACUUAAUAAGGUUGGAAUUGCCAGCGCUGUUAAGGUUAUUGUGCAAUCACCCCUGCUUGCCACUAUGAGCCACAAAUACUACUAAUUCUACGAGACUAUCAUGCUCUGUGAAGGAUGUACAUAUGCUUGUGUGUGUGUGUGUCUGUGUUUGGUACAUUUUUAAUUCACCUGUACAGUGAGCUUGUGGCCUGUGCCUUCACAGACUGGUCCCCAGUGGGGUUACCACACAAAAGGAUCCAAUUCCACGUCUAAACAUAAGCCAGAUGCCUCUGCGUGGCCUUUAAAGGGAUGUUGUAAUGAUAAUUGGUUACAUAUCCAACUGCGCUUUUUUCAAGCUGUAACACGGCUCCAUUCCCACUUCAAAGAAUGUUCAAUGCUCCCUUUUUCCUUCCCGUGUUGAUAGAUGGGGUUAGAUUGUGAAUGAGUCCUUGUACGGCAUGCAGUAUUCUGGAGAGACGGAUUGACGCAGGGCAGAGACGUGAGGAUGGAGGGAGUCUCACCUGAUAGUCAUUGUGAGGCCCUAAAGGUGAGCUCGGUUCUGGGAAAAGGCGGCUUUGGGGUGUGGGGUAUCCCAUGGUAAACCUUGGUCUCUGGCUGCAUUCACACAUUUGAAGCAGAUUUGAAACAUCUGGAAGUGGUUGGGGUGAAGUGCUGUGCAGGCUCCCUCCCAUGCCCCCUUCAUCUAAAUCAUCUGUGCAUUACUGCAGCCAGACUAAUAACCAAAAUGAGGAGGAAGUAGGAAUGUCACAGCAUUUUCAUUACCCCUUUAGCUUUUGCAGAAACCGAGGUUCUCAGCUGGUAAUGUGGCUCCAUGUGUUUUACCUGAUUAGUGCUUCAGAAUGGGCACUGGUCGGCCAAUUGUUUUUUUUUGUUGUUUUUUGUUUUUUUUCAAAUUUCAGCUUGUUGGCGAUGUUUCAUGCCGUGUUCGCUUUUGUGUAUAGAUUAUAUCUAUCAUCUUUAAAUCAGAGAAUUUUAAAUAAAGAUAUAAUCCACAACCAGA